AGAAAAGCCCUCAAUAUGUUUACUACCGUUUGUACACCAAAGACAGGCCCAUAAAAUCUCAACAUCCGGCCUACUCCAGCGAUCAUGAGCCAUUCAUCGGUCGCACUCUUGCAAAGCUUGUGGCACCUCCACAUACAACUGCGUCCCUUAAGAGGCACCUGUGCUACAUCGAAGGAUUCUCGUCUUCACUUGCAGACACAGCAAAGUUGUUCGUGCCCCUCUCCUGUUUAACUGCUAAAGACGACUCUGCACGGCUUUCGCUUGUGGCAUCCUCAGGACCAGGGUCAUCUCCACAGGAGCCAAUGGCGUUAGUUCUCGAGGGUCAGGAGCGAGCUGGUACUGUCCAGCAAUCGCAGGUGGCAGAGCGGGCCCGGGACCUUUCUGACUUCAGAAUAACUCGCUAUAUCUACUAUCGCCCUUAUUCACUAGAGGGUGCGAUCAAGUCGAAAACAUGUUUUGAUGAGAGCGAUAUCUACUUGGGACGCAUUGACACGUUUUCUGUUCCUCCUCCACACACCAUUGCCUCUUUGACGGCAUGUAUCGCAAGGAUAGAAGGCCUUGUCGUUCCAGAUACUGAAGAAAUUCAAAUCUUCAAGGAUGUCGCUAGCGAGGUCCCCAUGAGCACGGAUGCUACUCUAUCUCUGACUGAAGAUGCCUAUCUGGGUAACGAUCAAGAUGAUCCCGUGGCAGUAGUUCGUACAUCCCAUCGCCUACUAAAACCUGAUAUCACACUGGUUCCUGGACAUUGCGAUCCUUCAUGGUUUUCGAUAAUGCCGACAGACACUCUCAGAACAAUGGCAAGAACUUUUACCUCCUACCGAUCUACGAAACUAUAAGAUUGGAAGCGCCAUUAAAGGCAGGCGGGGUUCUCAUAUUUCAAUCUUCCGGCUUGAACAUGGAUUCUUGCCGCUCUCGUAAAGGAGGUGUCCGAGUUUGGAUAAAUAUUCUCGAUGCAUCGAACAACUAUGUCCAUUUCAGCAUUCGUCCGAACGAGAAUUCUAUUCUUUUCAACCAUUUUAGUAACAAUCAAUGGGGCCGGGAGGAGAGAAUGCCGAUGAAAGGACUUUUCUUCAAAGAGCCAAAUCCGACCAUCGUUAUUUACGACAACGGAGACCGGUAUCAGGUGAUGGUCGACUAUGUUACCGUCGCUUAUUUUGAAAAGCGGAUCAAGGAGGCUGGCGUCGCCGUGAGUUACGAUAUGGACAUAGAUCAGGUGUCCCCCUUCUCAAAUACCCUUGCAAUGACGGCCUACACUUCAUUUGCUGACGUUAUUACAAGGGUUACAUCGUAA